CUUGCACAAUAUCACCAAAGAGGAGAUGAUUAGCUUCGUGGUAGACACGAAUGCCGCACAUUGUCGCAAACUUUCGAUUCAGGUAAUUGGAAAUCCGCCCACCGAAUGGGCGUACGAUUGGGCUUCGGAAAGAACCAAUUACAGCAGCGACGUCUUCCUCGAGACCCAUCAGACGCCGAGCUCUGUUUCCGUUUCAGAAGAUCAAUUGGCCGAUGGCAGUGAGAAUGGGGAUUGGAAGUCCACAACAUUCAGUUGGGAAGAAAGCCUGUACGAGGAUCUGGGCAGUCGACUGAACCUUGUACUUCUCCCCACACAAGGUGAAAACCGUCGUGUUCGACAAGACGGGAACUAUCACCCAUGGCACACCGAUGACCAGCAAGGUCACCCUCUUCGUGCCGCCCCAAGUGUGCAGCCUGGCCCGUGCCUUGACCAUUGUGGGAGCUGCCGAACAGAACAGCGAACAUCCCAUUGCCUCGGCCAUUGUGCUCUUUGCCAAGGACGUGCUCAACGUGGGACCGGCUGCCGCCGCCCAGCAGGGCGGAAAUUUCGGCAAGAGUUCACAUUUCCAGGCAGUGCCGGGAUGCGGCAUUCGCGUGAGCGUCUCCAACUACGAGCAGACACUGCGACAGGCCUGCAAUGCAGAGCGGAUCAUCAACUACGAGAAUCUGUACCGGCAGCAUCCACAGAGCUCCAUCAAUGUGGAGAAUGGGGCCACUGUGGAGCAUCUGAUGCCACAGCGGGAUGUGCGCAAGUCCAUGGAUGUGGCGCAACAGCAGCUGCUGGCACUUGAGGGCGUUGUCGGCGAGGAGCAGCAGAAGCUGAUCGACGGGCCGGAGAUACGAGUGCUGAUUGGCAAUCGCGAGUGGAUGCAGCGGAAUGCCAUCGAAGUGCCGCUGGAGAUCUGCGACUGUAUGACGCACGAGGAGCGCAAAGGGCACACGGCGGUGCUGUGCGCCCUGAACGGGCAGUUGGUGUGCAUGUUCGCCGUCUCGGAUAUGGUCAAGCCGGAGGCACAUUUGGCCGUGUACACGCUCAAGCGUAUGGGCAUCGAUGUGGUCCUGCUGACGGGCGACAACAAGAACACGGCAGCGAGCAUAGCAAGAGAAGUUGGCAUUCGGACAGUGUAUGCGGAGGUGCUGCCAUCCCAUAAGGUGGCCAAAAUCCAAAGGAUCCAGCAGCACGGCAUACGCGUGGCCAUGGUCGGGGAUGGUGUGAACGACAGCCCGGCACUGGCGCAGGCCGAUGUGGGCAUCACGAUAGCUGCGGGCACAGAUGUUGCUGCCGAGGCCUCGGACAUUGUCCUGAUGCGCAACGAUCUGCUGGAUGUGGUCGCCUGUCUGGAUCUCUCGCGGUGCACAGUGCGUCGCAUACGAUAUAACUUUUUCUUUGCCAGCAUGUACAAUCUGUUGGGCAUACCGCUGGCCAGCGGACUGUUUGCCCCAUAUGGUUUCACCCUGCUGCCGUGGAUGGCCUCGGUGGCAAUGGCCGCCAGUUCGGUGAGCGUUGUGUGCUCCUCGCUGCUGCUGAAGAUGUACCGCAAGCCGACGGCCAAGACACUGCGCACGGCCGAGUAUGAGGCGCAUCUGGCCGCCGAGCGGGCGCGUCGCAAUGGCUCCUCAUCGGAGUCGGAGCUGGACAACCUGUCGCUGCAUCGGGGCCUCGACGAUCUGCCCGAAGUCGGUGGCAAGCGGUUGGCCUUCAAGCGUUCAAACACUUCGCUCAUUUCGAGGAUCCUUAUGCAGGGAAACGGUGGCAUUGGCGGUCACUCGUCGACGGACAAGCAUGAGGAGGGACUCCUCGAUCCCGAGGACCAGUACGACGGACGCACCAAAAUCGUGAAGAGCCGAUACCUGAGCGACAGCACAGAGCUUCAAAAGCUGUGAAUUGUACACCCACACAGGCCACAGGACAAAACAAAUUUGCAGUGUAACCAUUUUUGUAAAGUAAAAACGAAAAAACGAGACAUAAUACAUAUGUAUAUAUAGUAUAUACAACGUAUAUAGAGUAUAUAGAGCAUAUGCAUGCAAUAAUACAUGGUUAUUGAAUUCUUGUAUUUACCGACAGACUCCAUCGAACUCACAUCCUAUCAUCCCUUGGCUUCCCUCCUCAUUAUAAUGUUUAUAUAUCCUUCGCUUUUUUUUUUGUUUUUGUUUAUUUUCUCUCCCCGUAAUUAUUAUAUGCAAGCAUAAGGACUUCUUUUUUUUAUAUAUCGUAAGUUAUAUUGUACUAUUAUUAAGUUCACUUGAACAAACGAAGGGUCAAAAGGCACGAGAAAGAGACAUCAAAGACAUGAACUAUUGUUACUUAUUGUUAAUUUGCACGAUCAUUAAACCAUUAAUUAAUUAAAUAAAUAAAUAUAAACCAAA